AUGAUGCUUGACAAGCCUAAAAUUAUCUUAUUACAGUUUUUAUAUAGAACCUACAAUAUUAGAUUCAUUCGGCGUUUUUUAAACAACUAUGUUUUGAUAUUUCCGAAAUGGAUGGGCAUAAAGAACAUUCACUUAUAUUUACCUUUAUUGAUCCUGUUCGUUUUUUGGUUAUAUUAUGAGAUAUUUUAUGUUUCGCCGGUAUGUGCCUAUUAUUCUGGGCCGGAUUUACCUUCUCUCCUAAAUAAAUUUAAAUCCGUUGGUAAAACAUACCGUCCCACGAUAUAUUUGUUUAACUCGAGACUCCAAUGGGUUUUUCUGAAGCUGUUUUGUAAACUGUUUCACUACUAUAACUUUACCAAGUACAGAAUUUCGAAAGGAUCAUUGUCCCUUCACAGUAUUGUUAGCAAAAUUGGCAUAUUUAUAAAUCUGAGAAUUUUAAAGUCCUUUUUAUUUAAAAAAAUAUUCACAUCGCAGCCUUUGCUGAGUUUGAGGGAGGUUGUGGAAGGACAUAAUGGAUCACUUGUCGUCCUCGACUGGUAUUUGCCGAAAUGGGUGGCACCCGAAUGCGAAGAAUGCGGGCUUUUUAAACAGGAGGACCAUUUAUUCACACACGAUCACACACCGACUGUAGCAUCUAGGGUACCUACUCCCAGUGACUCUCACACAACUCAAUACACAAAUAGAGCUUAUAGAUCAGAAUUUACAAAAAUGGAAACGAUAGAAAGCGUAAACAUCCCGGAGAGGUUUGACAGAUCGUACUCCGACGGAAGAAUCACAGGCGAUUCCUCAGUUUCAGACGUGUCGUCGAGUUAUUUUUUUGAGCAGGACGAUUUAAACGACAUAGAUGGUCAUUUUGUUAAGACCCCGGAAAUAAAUAAGUUGCUGAGUGACAGAUCGUCGACUUCCAUGCAAUCCAUAGAAUUUGACGAGGUCAACCGGCAGAACGCCGACUCAUCAAACGAUAACAUGUCUUCCGCUUUCUGUACGGACGAUAAGUUAGAAAACUCGGAGGACGGAGGCUCCUGCUCCGGAGGCCCCAACCCUAAGAUCGUCAGGGGCGUCCUGGUUAUAAUCGGGGACAUGAACAUCUCGUACAGGAUAAGCUCCACGAGGGCGGGCUGCUACUGCAACUCGGAGAAGUACGUGGACAAGAAGAACGUGUGCGAGCUGUGCAACGAGAACUACAAGAAGGACUACGAGGGCUACAACGUGGAGCACCCGGGCUUCGCGACGCUGAGGUGCCUCAUCAACGACGCUCUCAGGUCGGGAUACGUCUGCGUGCACCUGCACCUCAACGUCAACAUGGGAAUGGCGUCGGAGGCGUUCCCGGACGCCACGACCCUCAGGUCAUUCCCGAUCUCGCUCUACAGCGACGUCCUCAUUGACCUGGACUGCGCCCUCAACAAGGUCACCGACAGGUUCCCCAACUGCAACCUCGUCACGGUGGGCAUCGCCUUCGGGGGGAACAUCCUGAUGGAGUACCUGUCGCUGAGCUCGCAGGGCGGCACCUACAAGGUACACUCCGGCUCAGAGUCGGACAUUUCGACGUAUAUCGCACCAUCCAGGGACCAGGUCCCACACACGGCCAGCGCCGACACGUUUGAAGCGACCUCGGUCAGGGCUACCAGGUUCCAAAGAUCCCUGUCCCACGUGGAACCAGCCCUGAAGCAGUUCGACAACGUGUCAGAGAUGUCGCACAACUCGGUGGCGACUGACCAGAACCGAGCAGUGUCACUCUCAUCAACGUCGUCCCACAGGCACAGAAGCUCCUACAGGAACCCGCAGACGAACCCGGCCCUGAAUAAAAUGACCACGGAAACGCUGGUCGACGACCACUUUCUGAUGGACUUCAACAACGAAGACUACUUCACGGAGACGAAGAUCGUGUACCCGGAGCAGAGCCCACACCUUGUGCUGGACCCGGAGAAGAUAUCAGCAGCAGUUUGCAUCAACUUGAACUUGAAGCUGUCGGGCAAUGUGCUAUACAACAUCUCCAAGCGCAGGUUCAGGAGGUACGACCUGUACAAGAGGUUCUGCCAGUCGAGCUUCAAGGAGCAGCUGUCGGAGCUCCUCAGCAACAUCCACUGCAGGAGGACCAACGGGAACAUCCAGAAGGACUGCAUCAACUUCAACUGCUGCCACUACAGCAAGAUGGUCUCCAGGUUCGGCCUCAUCAAAAAGUUCUUCUACCACAUCUUCUUCAUCAAGAACAAGAUUAAGCCGAGCGUGGACAACUACUCGACGGAGAAGCUGAUAGCGCAGCUGCACCGCGAGUACCGGCAGUCCUACCGCGACCUGCGCAAGGAGAAGCGGGACUUCAUCAACUACGGAGUCAUGCUCUUCGACAAGCUCGGCGUGCGCAGCUCCUCGGACUUCAAAAUCUCCGUGCUCAUGACCCUGAAGCACAGGUUCGAGCGCGAGGGCAUCGACAACAAGGUCAAGUUCAGGCAGGUCACGGAGCCCCCGAUUUACAAGCGCAUAAACAAGAAGAUUAACACGAGUCUGAGGCUGGGGAAGUCGGUCUUCUCGCGCCGGCCCUCCAAGCUCGGCUUGAACGCGCACAGGAUUCUCGACUACAAGAUCACCAAGUACAUCAACAGCCUCAUCAACUCCGAGUACACGCGGAACCUGAACAACAUUCGCGACAACAUUGAGUACAUUAAGGUGCCCACGCUGCUCCUGUACUCCCUGGACAAUCCGAUGUUCACUCUCCGCGACAUUGACAUCUUCGAAGUAAUCAAGUAA